UUUUCGAUCGCAAUUCGCCUGAGGAAGACGAAAUUAGUGUGAUAGCGAAACGUCGUUCGAGAAAACUCGGAAUUUCCCGCGAUAAAAUGACUGUAGAAACUUGUGAAAAACUAUUGUUAACUUGAUAAUUCGCUACAAUGAAAGCAGUGGGUUUGUUUAAUGUUUUCGUUUGCACUGUGUUAGUUUUAGGCAUACAACAAAGUACCUCUCUAGUUCUAAGAAGCUACCUCUCAGAAAAUGGGCUCCACGGCACCAUAACCUUCACCAAAGAUGGAGAUAAUGUCACUAUCGAAACUGAUCUACAACCAACGCUAGAGUUCCCAAAUUCUGUAUGGGCAUGGUAUAUUACAGAAUUCCCUGUAGACUACACCCAAAUCGAAAACAGAUGCUCAGAACAGCGAAUAGGCAAAAACCUCAUAACCCUCGAUGACAUUUUCGGUUACUUGGUGAUACCCGACAACAAAACCAGUGAUUUUUCCAGUGAGGAGAUUCAAAUCACAGGUCCAAAUGGCAUCUAUGGCAAGUCCAUCAUGCUACAAGAAGUGGAAAAUGGCAGAAAAGUAUGCGGAUCCAUCAGCAUACUUGAGGAAAACCAAGAAAAACUUGCUGUAGCAAGAUUUAACUCACCUGUAGCUGGGAACGUUUAUUUUAGAUGGUAUACUACUGAAAAUACUCACAGUGAGACACUAAUAACUACUGAUUUGUAUCACUCAAUCAAUAAAGAAAAAUACGAGAAAUACCAGAGCUCCACUGAGCAUUCCUGGAAAAUUUAUGUAACUGAUAUUCUGGAUUCUACUGAUCGAUCAGAUGAAAACUGUAAUAUUCUUCAGUUAGUGUUUGAUCCAGAGAACAAAGGACCUGGAAAUUCUACAGGGGAUGUAGAUUUAAGAGUGGGAAAAGUAAAAAUUUCGACGAACUACAAUAAGAACAAGUAUAGAACGCUUUAUAGAGAUAGUGAUUUGGUUUUGCUGCCUAGUGACCUUGCUGGACCUCAAAGAAGACUAUAUGUGGUGAUUUUCGAGAAAAAACAUCCAGACGUGUUUUUGGCUUGUGCCAAAAUCAGAUAUGUUCAUCCAGUUACAUCCAGGGUUAUUAUUCAGUCAGGUGGCAUCAAAGGUGACAUCAGACUGACUCAGAACAACAGAUUCGAGCCAACUUUUCUGAAAUUCAACUUAUCAACAGCUAGAGGUGAUCUGGAAACACGAAUUGUGUUCAGUUCUACUGUUGCUGGGUACAAAGUUCAUGAGCUGCCUAUCAAACCAGCGAAAUCUGUAGGUCAAAAUGAGAAUGCUUGUUUGACAACUAAGUUUGUCUAUAAUCCGAGACAGACUGACAUCAGGACAGUCCCUCCUAACGGAUAUGGUACACAGGAUCAGUACCCAAUUGGAGACCUUUCCGGAAAACUACUCAGUAGAAACAACGCAUCUAUGCUUGUACCCGGUGGCCAAGAACUGAACGGUACUUUCUGGGAUGUAUUUUUACCUUUGCAGGGUACUUACUCUAUCAUACAUCGAUCUUUUGUCAUAUACAAAAACACCCAGUAUCCGACAACGGAGAUAGUUGAAGAACCUUGGAUUUGUGGUAGUAUAAGCUUGUAUGAAGCUAAUUUCAUGUACCAAAAGCAGAUAUUCACAGCUCAGGUGGUGUUCAGAUAUCCAACAGUAGGAAGACUGAUAAUGAGACAGGUGAAAGAUGAACCCUGGGAAGACACUACUAUUCUCACCGAGUACUUGGUGCAUGCUGAUGGUGCUCAAUUGAACAAUUCAGCUGAUCACAGGUGGGCAAUUCACGAAACACCUCCAGGAAAGGAUUUCUACGAUUGGCAGAAUAGAUGCAUAAGCGCUGGAGAUGUCUAUAAUCCUUAUAAGAUCGACUAUGACAACACAUCAACUGUGGAACAAUGCAACUUAGACGCCAUAGGGUUAUGCAGAGUAGGAGACCUCUCCAAACGUCAAGGCACUAUGGAAAUAUCUGGAAAAAUAGUGGAUAGUGACAGGAUUUCCAGAAAACUUUGGACAGAUUCUUCUUUGCCACUGACUGGACCUCAUAGCAUCUUGGGAAAAAGUUUUGUGCUGUAUGAUGAUCACGGACCUAAGGCUAGAGGAGAACGACUGGCCUGUUCCAGAAUUGGAGGAGUAUACAGAAGAAAAGCAGUGGCUCGAGACUGGUUUCCAAAUGGCGUCGAUUUGACAGUUAAAGGAAAAAUCGAAUUUUUCCAACAAACUGAGUACGACAUAACGGAUGUUGAAGUCGGUUUGGAUGGAUUACAAGGAGCAAGUGGUUACCACGUCCAUAUAACUUCUGUAGAAGAAAAUCUACAGUUUCCAUGCGAGGAAUCUACACUCUACGGCCACUGGAACCCGCUCAAUGUAGAUCCUACAUCAUCACCGACGAAGUACCAUGGUACUCCUGAUCAGUACGAGAUGGGCGAUCUUAGUGGAAAGUUUGGAAACUUGGACAACGCUACUUCUUAUAAAAACGCCUACAAUGAUACGAUGUUGCCGCUGUUCGGACCUAGAAGCAUCCUAGGAAGAUCGAUUAUAAUACACAAGAAAGCUGGAAAUAAAAGAUGGGUAUGUUCCACCAUAGAAAGGGGCUACAGCCCUUCUGAGGCAAGGGAAAUUAGGGCUAUUGCAUCGUUCCAUCAUCCCUCUGGGUACGCUUAUGGAUAUAUGAAAAUGAAACAACUCAUUUAUAACGAUGGCAGUAGCAGUGAUACAACUGUUGAAGUUAAAUUAAGACAUCCAGGAAAGAAUGACAGAAAUAUUACUCGGGACCACAACUGGGCCAUCUAUGUCAACCCUGUAGGCGUUGACGCAGCUGUCAAAACUCAAAACACCCGUUGCGUAGCAGGGGGAUACGUCUGGAACCCGUUCUACACCCAACUUGCAGACCCUCUCAAUGAUGAACUCUACCGUCAAGAAUGUGGUCCAGAAAACCCACUAAGAUGCUACGUGGGUGAUCUGUCAGCCAGACUAGGCACCAUCGACAUAGGAUUGAAAAGAAAAGUUUUUGUCGAUUCAAAUUUCCCGCUCGAAGGUGACGUCAGCGCAGUGGGCAGGUCUAUCGUCAUCCUCAGUCCGGAUAGACGCGGCGAGAGAUACGCCUGCGCCAAUAUCGAACCCGAUUAUGACAUUAUUAAGUAUGCCAAUAUCGAAAAACCUCCUAGAUUUGUCGUAGCACAAUUUAUCGAAGAUAUCAGGGAAGUAAUGGGCAUACCCGAAUGGUUUUUGACAGUUGACAGUAGGAAAACCAAGACCCUUCAUAGUAACGAAUGCGUGCAGAUCUUGUUGCACUUUAAAGGACCAAUAGCGAGCAAACUAGAGCAAGACUUCAACAGGUUACUCUCCAUUGGUCGUCUGGAGAGUCCAACCCUGUAUAUCCCUGGUUAUAUCAAAGAAAAAAGAAAAUCUAAGAUAUCGUAUAAGUUGUGUGGAGUUAGAGAUCCAAAUGAAAAAAGUUCUCGAAAGAGUAGUUUUAUUUUUGGAUCAUCCGCAGCUACCAAAAGUUACCCAGAAUGGACUGACCUCACUAUAGUACUAUCAGUUAUAUUUAGCUAUGUAAGAUAUUUAUUUUUGUAAAAAACACAUAAUUUAACGACACUCUGUAUAUAACUUGUUACAGUUUUAAAAUAAAAUCGAUCAAGAAA